AUGCGUGCCGCCCUUAUUCUCGCUGCCGUUGGCGCCUCUGCCGCGUCGCUCGACUCCCCCUUCCUCUUCUCCCGCCAGGCCGGCAUCGCCGGCUGCGAGGACCAGUGCAACCCCGUCAUGGACUGGGCCUUGGUCUGCCGCACCGACAUCAACAAGUGCAUGGAGACCUGUGAUGCCGAGCUCCUCGCCACCUCGGACAAGUGCGUCGAGUGCAUGCAGGCGACCAACCCCGAGGAGGCCGUCAAGAUCCAGGCCCGCGUCGACCCCAUCCGCCAGAUGUGUGGCGGUGAGGCUGCUGCUUCGCCCUCGCCCUCGGCGCCGGCGUCGGAGACCUCCUCCGACCCCGCUGCCGCUCCCUCGUCCGGUGCUGCCUCGCCGUCCGCCUCCGCCUCCGCUCCCUCGGAGUCGGCUGCGGCUUCGGGCUCGGCUCCCGCUUCGGCUUCGGCUCCGGCUACGGCUUCGGGCUCGGCUGCCGCUCCCUCCGGCUCUGCUGUUUCCUCGGGCUCGGCCAGCGCCUCCCGCUCGGUGUCUGGUUCGGCUGCCGCCUCCGCCUCGACCCCUGCGACCACCUCUGGUUCCGGCGCUGGCAAGGUCUCGCUCUCGUUCGGAGCUGUCGCCGCUGCCGUUGCCGCCUACCUCCUCUAA